AUGCGGGUGGGGGAGCGGGCGGCUCCCCGCGCGGGCAAAGCCGAGCCGAGCCGAGCCGAGCGGGCCCGUGCGGCACGAGUGGCGGCCACGGGAAGGACAGCGGGGCCGGCGGGACGGGCCCGCCUCGGCGAGCACCGGCACCGGCGGGGCGGCGGCGCCUCCCCCCGCGGCCGCCAGGGGGCGCCGCUCCCGCGCGGCGGCGGCUCCGCGCCCGUUGGUGCCCGCGCGCUGCGCGUCCCUCGGCAGGGCCCGGCUCCGCGGCACCGCAACUACCGCAACAACUACCGCAACUACCGCAACAACUACCGCAACUACCGCAACAACUACCGCAACUACCGUGAGGGUGCCAGAGAUGUACCGGAGCAGAAGCCAGAAGGUGCAUCUUCGAACCCACCCCAGCCUGGAGAAGCUGUGGCGAAGCAAUCCUGCCCCGAUAACAAACCCCCAAGACCUAACCCUCACUGCAGCCUUGCUGGGAGCGGGCAACGCUGUUGGCGGGCACACCGCAGCGCGAUGAAGCCAACCCCACUUGAGAGGAGCAGGUCCCAAGCUGCUGGCGCCGGCUCGAGGCUUCUAAUGUGAGGAAAAACACGCGGUGACAAGUGUGGAAAAGAGCAAGCACUAAAUUACUGUCAGAAAAAUAAACGGCGGAGCGCGGCGCGGGGCGGUGAUUUACGGGGGCAAUUAGUCACCGCCCCACGGAGCCGCUGAGGCCGGCGGGGCCGCCGCAGCAUCCCCAGGGGCUGGCCCGGCUCCGGCUCCUGGCCUAGGCCGGCACCCAGCACGGGCAUCCAGGGCUCGGCCCGCUCCUGCGGCUCGUUUUUUGCCUACUCCAAAAACAAGGGUAUGGGAGGAGAGAGGAGCCACCCCAAAGGCCACAGCCUGUGUUUGCAGAGAAGGUGGGUGUGCCGUGGAUCUUCUUACUUGUAGCGAGUGGCCGGUGCCCAGGUGUGGGUUGAUUAAAGAAGUGAUAAGGCACUGUUACAUGAAAAAUACUCCUGGAGAACGAAGGCUGGAAAGCUGCUGGACUGGGUGAGAGGGUGGAGGUGACUCCACAGCUGCUGCACAUCUUUUGGAGGUGCUGUGGGCCAUUAAGCCUCCCAGUCUUGGAGGAGGGCCAGCUUUGCUGCAAGCUGGGAGUGGACAUUAUAAACCUAUUUUUAUACUGUUGUUUCACCAGGGUGGAAUCCAGGAGAGAUGUUUUAAAUUGAAGCUAGCAGCAAAGAAAUGAUGGGCAAGUCAAGCUCUGGCCCAGCCUGGGACCAUGACAGUGAGCCCCCAGCCAGCAUGUCGUGGGAUUUUGUAACUUUUUGCCCUCUGUUCUUGUCAACCUAGCAAUCCUUACUUGGUGCCUGUUUGUCAAUUUUCACUUUAUAAGGCCGUAUCGGCCACCUAGGCCUUAUGUCCGUCCCCUGAGCAGGGGGCAGCAUUAUCUGACUUUAGAUGCAUGCUGCCAUUAGACCUGCCAGCCUGGUGUCUGGCUCCUGCAAAUAGUUGGCACUCGGAUAAUGGGAGACAGCCUGUCCGAGCUCGCUGCAACAGCUGGUGCCAGCCAGCCCUGCAAGGACUGGUGCCAGCAGCAGGAGGAGUGUGCCAGGGCCUGCUCAUCAAACAGCUGACCCAUGGCUGCCACCGUGGGACAAAGGGAAACGAGAGCAAGUCCCUCUUGACAUGGCACCUCUUGGGAAAGAGAGGUGUGUGUCUUUUGGAAGAGGAUGCAAGCUGGAGGAUGAAGAGCUGGCUCUUACAGGUCCUAGUGGUUUCGGUAAGUGGCCCUCCCUCCCUGCUCCACUUUCCCAGCUGGUGGGUGGGAUGUGACACCUGUCUUUGGGAAGCACUCAAGACUUAGGAAUGAUCACAGAGGCAAAGUAUCAGUGGUUAUUUUGGGGUCUGCCCUUAGCUGCUGCUUCGCCUUCUAGAAGAAGCGAUUUUUGCAGGGACAUGGGCGUGUGUGCUCAUGAGGUGCUUCUGGUGCUCCCUUUCCUUGCUAGGUGCAGUCCCACUCCUCCCACAAGUUGUUAGGCAGCCUCCUAAUAAAUGAUGUGACCAGCACAUCUCUCUUCCUCCCACUGGAAAAAUUGUUUGUUUAUGUUCUUCAAAUAAAUAAUAAAUAUCUUUAAUUCUUGUCUA